GUUUUAGUUUUUGAUACUCAGCGGAUAUUGUUUGCUAGAUGUUCUACGUCAUUACCAAAAAUAAAAUAAAAAAAGAAUGUUAAGAGAAGAAGAGAAUUAAGGCACGAAACUGCCUGCAGGUAACUCACGAUACCGCCUCAUUGUCGCAAGUUUUGGGCGGUUCAUCGAUCGUUAAACAGCGUCAUUUCCCUUUUUUUGCUUCGCGCGAUAUGCCUCAGACUCAAUCAGUGUGUAUAAAUUUUCCCUUCAGAAGGUCUUCCGUAUAACCAUCUCUAACCAUAACAGAUUCUCCUUCUGCUUAUUGUUAAUUUAAGGAUCGAGUUUCAAGGGGGAAAGACAACAGAAAACAAUGGAUGGAAAGAGGCAAAUUGAUCAACCAAAAGUUACUAAAAGGAAGAAGGACCAUGGGUUGAGGAAAGGGAAGCUUGAUCUGAAGAAGGAGAAGGAGAAAGUGAAAUUCUUCGCAGGGUUGCUAGCAGAGGUGCGAGCAGUGCAAGCGGAGCUGAUAGAAGCCAUAGACAGCCUGCACGACCCAGCUGAAAGCGACCUGCACCUAAAAUGUCAACAACUCAGAAGAGUCAACACUCAGGGUGCACUGCUGAAUACUAUGAUGCGAAACUACAUUGACAGGACGCUUGCUGUUUUAUUGGCUAGUGAAGGCAAAGGCAAUUGAUAAGAUCCGGAACCCUUGAAUGGUUAUUUGGAAGUACUUAAUUACUUUUCAGUACAUUAUCCUUUAAUAGACCUAAAAUCACAGUUCCAUGUGUUAGUUGUGGAAGUUAUAUCAAUAAAUAAUACUUAAAAAUGUAUUGAAAAGUAAUUGAGGUAAGUAGAAACUCAGUUACUCGCACAGGUCAUCCGGGUUCUUGUCUUAUUUUGGCAGUCUUUCUCUAUUGAUACUGAAUGUUGAAGUUUCAUAUGUUUGCCAAGUGUUGUUAUGAUACAUGUCAUCAUCGAUUGAAAAGACUUAUAAAUAAAGUUCUUGUUUCUUUGGUUAA